GUAUGGAUGCGUGGCCAACACGUCGUGUAGCAACGAGAACCUGGCGACAAUCCUCGGGCCGCUACCCUUAGAGGAAUGCCUGGCAGCUUGCCGUGGAUAUCGAAAUUGCCAAGCCGUCCAGUACCACUGCAACACCGACUGCCGGCUGUUGAGCGAUUGCGGCGCGCAGAAGCGCAGCACCUGCGGUGGCAGCCUCUACUUGCGAAAUCUCGACAUGCGGCUAGGCUCGCGCCUCCAAACCGAGAUAUUGGAUCCAGCCAAGUGCCACAAAGGUUCCGCCGGCUCAGACGGGGGCGACCUCCAGGAUUUUGCCUGCGCGGAAGCAUCCCUUUGUGCAGGUAGGGACUGGACUGCACGCCGAUAUGAGGGCAUGUCCCUCCUUCGCUGUUCCGCGCUUUGCCGGGCCACCGACUGCCAGGCGUUCCAGUUCGGCUGCAACUCGUGCACGAUCUAUCCUUCUGCAUCCGCCUGUGUGUCCAAGAGUCCGAGCAGCUGUGGCAGUGUCUACGAGCGGUUGUACAAUGGAAGCAGGACUGAAGUCGACUUAGGCCUCGGAAGCGUGGCGGUGUACAGCCCACAAUCCUGUCGGUUGGACUCCUGCUGGGUUUCUGCCAUCUGCCCUCAAGGAUCCAAGCCCGUCUCCUGUCAGACCGUUCCUCCGGAUUCGGGCCAUGGAGUCUAUUCCUUUGACGAUGGCUGUGCUGCCCAAGGCUCGGGAAUGCCCAUCGUGGCAGAAGCCAUCUGCAUGGAGGCCUUCAACACAACGACUUUUCGCUCCUCUUGGGGCAUCAACAUCCUGACUUUGCCAUGCCCAAAUGGCAGCCUUCCCAUAGCUUGCAACUGUCUCCAGAACAGCUGGGCCGUGGGCGAGCCUUGCGCUCACGUUGCAGAACUUCCACCCAUCCCAACCGCUUCGGGCCUUCCGGUUUGCCAGCACUACAUUGACACAGGUCUCUUCGACUCGCUUCGUAUGUCAUGGCACAUCGGGGCGCGGAUCAGUGCAAUCUGCAUUUCGGAGAUGGGCAGCAUGCAGGAGUAUUCGCUCCUCAACACGAGAGACAGUGUCCCAAUCGCCACCGAGCUGCAGACACAUUACUGCGGCUGGGCCAAGACGCACAUCCGAAAUGAUGUGAAUUGCAGCGCCUGGAUGAGAGCUCCUCUCCCAGAUGGGGGCUGCAGCUCAUCCGACUGCCUUGGCCUCGCAGAUUGCGCAGCAAUCUGCACUUCCUGCAGCCUUUGCCACGGCAUCUACUUCUUCUUGGGACUAGACAACGCCACCGUGUCCCCGAAUCAGGCCCGCUGCUACUUCCAGGGCGACAGCCUCAAUCCCAUCAACCUGGCCACCGAGGAGUACCCCUCUGUUGCCAGCCCGAUCUCUCCGUGGGCCGUCUAUGUAAACCGUCGGGAUGCGCGCUGCGGCCAAGAGCGCACCAUCCGUGGAGUCAGCUUCUUCAAGGACACCCUUUGCACAGAGCUGGUGGUCCCUUCAAGAGUGGUGGCAUCUGUCCACAACGAUGCGACCGAGUACGCACUCAAAGCUGGUUGGUGGCAGAUGCCUUCCAGUUUCUCUCCUCGUACUUGUGCAAGUUGCCCUGCAGGGAGUAUCCGAAUCAAGGCUGUCUUUGACUCGCCAGUGACCGUGCUCUGUGCGAUCGUGGACAGUUCACUCGACUUCGCCACGGGCUGGACUCUAAACUGGGGCAGCUCCGGUGUGGCAGAGUCUGUUUCCGGAAACCUGGUCGUCUUCGGAAGCGCCUUGAGCAACAUCUUCAGUCGCGCCAUGGUUCGGGGCGCAACAGCGACCCUCCGUGGCCUCAUCGUCCUGGCCUGUGACCCACUGCUCUGCCCCGUGGAUCCUUUGCCUUUGCCUCAUCUCCUCCGGAGAUCCUUUGCCUCUGUUCUCGGGCUCCGGCAGCACAUGAUCGAUUUCCACGACUCUCCUGAUGCUCCGGACGCGGAGGACGAAAGCGGGCCGACCCCGACUUUUACCUUCGUGAUGGUCGCCAAGAUUGUGGUGGAGACGCCCGCUGAUGUGGCUUCCUACUUGAAAGCAGCUGCUCUCCUAAGAGACAUCGGCCGGAAGCUGGAUGUCCUCACUACCGCCCUGCAGCAGCUACAUGGCCUCCUCUUCACCGUAGAGCGCCUUGGCCCCUUUGCGCAGCACAUCUCCACACCGCCUGACCCCUCUGCUUUGCCUCUCUUGCCACCACCGGCCGUAGCGUCGGUGCCGACCACCACCCUUCGGACUUUUGAGGAUUCAUCUGGAGGCAUCGCUGAGGGAGGACACAGUGCCUACUUUGUCGCGCUUCUUGGGAUUCCCGUAUCCGGCUUUAUUCUUAUUCUCGCGUUCCUGGCGCUGAUGCGAUUGCGUGGAAGUUCUUUCCAGGGCACGUGGUGCCUGCGACGGAAGGCGGCUGGUCAGACCAUCCUGGGUAAAGCGCUGCAGAGGUCUGAGGAGGAUUUUGCCCGACGCUUGUCGGAAACCAUGGCGGCGAACCUUCCCCAGUACUGGGCUGCUCGCGCCUCAGAGGAUGCCUCCUUCGAUGGGCUGCUUUAUGCCAGGUAUGAGCACCUCCAUCACAUGCAGAUGCUAGUGGACUUCACCUACAGAGGUAUCACCACACAGGACCGGCUUUGCCCCAGCGGUGAGCAUGGCAAAACCCGUGGUGGCUGCCCCUGUGUUCGCCCAGGUGGAGAUCCGGGUCUCCCAACCGGCUUCGGAGUGCGACAGCUGGUGCGGGUGGAAAACUCUGACCUCUUUGCCAAGUACAUGGUGCGGAAGGCAGAAAUUAGAGAAGCGCGCGGCCGCUGUGAGGCCCCGAGCCCGGACAUCUUCACCCGCGACGCACUGGUGAGUCUCCCCCUGAGCGACAUGCUGAGCGACUUGGACGAUGAUGUGAACGAGGUGUACCUGUGGCACGGAACGUCCGUGCGACAAGGCCUCAUGAUAGCCGAGGCGGAUUUCGAUCUGGCCUUGGCUGGCACCGGAGGGGGCACCAUGUAUGGCAAGGGGCUGUACUUCACGGAGAGUGUGACCAAGGCCGAUGAGUACUCGAGGGCUGAGCCGGGCGGCUUCUACGAAGAGGCCCGAGCGCUGCUCCUCUGUCGCGUGUGCUUGGGAAAGUUUCACUAUACGGAGGAGAGGGAGCCCGCGGCCAUUAUGAAGUGGGCGAGGAAACAGUCUGACAGCACCUUGGGAGAUCGGGCGCGUGCUGUCAACACCUACCGGGAGAUGUGCGUGUACAGCACUGACCAGGUUUACCCUGAAUAUUUGGUGAUCUACCAGCGUCUACAUGGCGGGGAGGAGGCCCCGUCGCUCUCAAGGGAGUCCCCCUUUCUGCUGGAGCUGCCCCUCUACUGGAGGAAUGUGGCAAAGAAUCCCCACGUCGAUGCUUUUCGAGAGCACUGGGCGGUGAAGCCGCGCAUACGUGAGCUUAUGCAGCUGCUGGCUGACGAGACCACCAGUGGAGCUGCGCAGGAGGUGCUGUCGGCUCGACGUGUGGAGGAUUCGUCCCUCUGGCUACAGUACACGGACUUCAAGCGAUCCGUCCUGGAAUCGCUGCGCGAGUCGGGGCAACUGCGCUGCACACCUCCGCAGGAGCUCCGAGGCGGACUGGGAAACGCUUCCCUCUGGGCGGAGCUGGAUGCGGAGCGCCUGGAAGCCCGAGAUCUCUCGGCUCCGAUCAACGAGUUGCUGCUUUGGCACGGCACCUCUCGCGAGGCUGCUGAGUCCAUUGCGGAGCGGGGCUUCGAAGUUACCGAGCGGAGCACACACGGACGGCGAUAUGGCCCUGGAGUCUACCUGGCAGAGGACCUGUCCAAGAGCAUCAGCUAUUGCCCAGACAAGGCGGGAUCCAAGUACGUGAUCUUGUGUCGCGCGGUCUGUGGCCAAAUCUAUUACACCGAAAAAGGCUGGCACGACGAGGCGGGCGAGGAAGCUGCGAAACACGGAAAGCACUGUGUUCUUGCGAACCCGGGCAGACAGGGCCAACGUGAAUUUAUUCUGCUGGACCCGGCGCAAGUCUACCCGGAGUACAUCGUUGAAUUCGCGGAGGCCACAGAGCCGGAGGCCAGGAACAAGCAGACUCGCGUGUAUGCCCUGACGAUGUAA